AUUCAGUUCUAGUCACAGCUUUGCUUUGAACACACAGUUUUGGACAGAUUCCACAAAGCCAGGAGAAAACCCACCAGCUUUUCGUCCUCGUCUCGCAAAUUUUCCCCGCAUUCCGGAAAAUUUCUGCCCCUCGUUAAUUCCAAAUUUUAAUUCCGAGAAAUCCGAGAGCAGGGUCAUGAUGUCAAAGGCUGACCAUGAACUUCCUCUUCCUGGAAAUGGCAACCGGGUCAUGGCAGACGCCACCACGACCUCAGCUAUAAGAAGUGACCCAGAAGUUGCUUCUCAUCAAAGGAGGACGGAAUCCCUGGAAGAUUUGGAGGUGUGUUUGAGCAGUGGCGACGAGAGGGACGAGGACAUAGUCGAGGAAGACAAAAUGAUCAGGGUUGACUCGCUUAUGGAAAUUAGGCGCUGGGUAAAAGUGCAGAAAAAAUUCUUCGCACCAAACACAUCGGACACAUCGAUUUCCGAAGUGAGGUUUCAGACUUCUUGUCGCGUUGUCCGCUGCUUGGACAAACUUGUCGUCGCGGUGGAAAACGUUGUCGAUGUUCUGGACGAGAGGAGACGACGGGGAUUUCCGAAGUACGAGCAGAGAAGAGCCCGACGCCAUGAAUUACGGAAAGCAGAAGCAGCAACAUUGCUAAAAACACGUAAUGGCGUUCACGACAAGGAAAAGUCGAGAAAUUCAAAACAUGACGCCCCACAAAGUCCAACUCCGACAGUUCUUACGCCCCAAAGGUCACACCCAGACCAAUCUGCAACCCACUCAAAAUCCAGGUUGAAUCGGAGACCAGUCUUUAAAUCCAACGACCAGACCACUACACGAAGAUCCUCCUCCUCUGGUAGCGAGAUGAGUUGGAAACCCAACCGCCACCGCUGCCACACUUGUCGAAAAACUUUUGCCUCCAAACAUGACUUUACUCGUCACCGUUACACCCACCUCAAAGAAGAAGAGAAGACCGUGGCGAGGCAGGGCUGGAGUCACGUGUGCUACUUUUGUCAAAAAAGAUUCGAAAGUAAGGGCACAUGUAAUAUCCACCUGCUGACCCACACGAAGGAGAAGCCCUAUCGCUGCGACCAGUGUGAGAAUGAAUUCGCGGAGAAUAGUAGCUUAACAAAACAUAAGCGCAUUCAUAGCGGCAACCCGAGACCUGCGAGGUCCUUACCCUGCGAGGAAUGUGACCAAACUUUCACUUUGAAAACUAGUCUGAUCAGACAUAAGAAAAGUCUUCACCGGAAGUUAGGGGCCAUCGACUGUCCCAAGUGCCCCAGGAAAUUCGGCACAAAGGAUCACAUGGUGCACCAUCUGAACGGGGUUCAUCUCAAAAUUAGACACCCCUGUCCCCACUGCCAUCGAUCCUACACGUACAAAGGCAAUGUUCGAAAACACAUGAGGGAGUUUCAUCCAUCAAAAUCCCGUCCUCUACCUGUAAAAUGAUCAUCAGGGAAAGACUCAGUUUCCAAAUUGUGUCUGUUGAUUAACUGAUUAAUCAACUUAUGUAUAACAAGAUAAGCAAUUAUUCUCAUAUGAAUGUUAAAAAUUACUAGAUUCAAGGAUAAAUAAAUUUUUUUGACUCUUUUAA